UAUGUAUAUAGUUUUCGUUCAACGAUUCACCUUCGGCAAACUUCGGAUUAGUAGAGUAGAAGGAAAGACUCUGAUGUUAUUGUGUGAAAAAUAAGCUGAUUGCAUGUACGAAAGUAUUUUGUAUUUUCUAUUUAUUUCAAUAAUAUAAAACCCCAAGGUGUCCAUUUCAACCAAAUGACAUUCAAAGUUAACUCAUUUGAAACCUACUCUGUAUGAGUAAACAAGUACAAGGUCACACUGACGUUUUCAAUCUAUACUCGACGACAUUGCGUGCUGAGUGUGAUAAUGGAGUUCUUGUCAUAUCUUCAAGCGAUUCAAAAAAUUGCAGGAGAAAGUGCUGGGAAAAAGUAUCAAACAUUGAAUUGUUUGGCAAGAAAAAUUAUUGCAGAUUCUGAGGAUUUGAAUUCAAUAGAAGUUCAUCCAUCUGAAAGUCUUCCUGAUCCUCUUAUACCUUUGGUGAAAUUGGAGAUUGCACGAGUUUUAAAGAAACCAGAAGGAAUUGUUGAUGCUCUCAAGUCAGAAGAUCAAUUAGUCUUUGAACGAGCACUUAAAGUAAAAUGGUUCUUUAAUGGCAGCAUUGAAAAUUAUCCAAAUUUUCAUCACUUCCAGAGCCAUAUUUUCUCUUAUAUAUCUCUUAACCAUCGAAUUAAAAUAAUUAAAGUUUUAGCUAAUAGUUUAGCACCUAACCAACCAAAAAUUGCUGAAGAAUUUUAUCUAAAUAUAUGUGAAACGUAUGGUCAUAUUCAAGCUUAUCCACUUUUAAAAGCUUGUCGUGAAUCAUUUAUCUGGGAUAACAUAGUUAAACGUCAACUUGUACUUAAACUUAAAGAAGUUAUUUAUUUAUUCCUGAAGUAUCCAGAUCUUAUUUUGAAAUAUUUAAAACUUGGAAUAUCUAAUCAUGAUCCUUAUAAAAGGAAUCUGCAUGUAAUCUCACUUAAUGAGUAUAAUCAAUUUUUUCCAAUGCUUUUGAAAAAGUAUUCUCGAAAUUUAGUUGAAUUAAUUUUAGCAGAAAACAGUACUUUUUAUAUUCAAUUAAAUAAUCAUCAUACUGAUUUAUUUUUAAGAAGUGAAGUAGAUGAACUUAUAAAGAAUCCUAAAUUAUUCUUACCAAUGCUAUCGUUGAAAACAAUAACUAGAAAAUUAUCUAGAGCACAAUUUGAAGAAAUUUUUCAAAGAUUAUUUCCUCAAAAUAUGAAUGAGUUCAAUUUUAGCCAUUACUUUCAUUAUUUAGAGUUUAUACCAGAAAGUCAAAGAAUGACACUUUUGCAAGAUACUUUCAAAAAAGUCUACAAUAAAAAUCUUCUUGAAUGUCAUAAUUUAAUAGUCCAUGAAAUGCUAACACAUCUACCUCCAAAAGAUAGAGUUAGACUAGCUAGAUGUCAACUAGAGACUGACAAAGAUUGGUAUCUCAAUUUGACAGAACAAUCCUGGAGAUGUUACUUACCGAUUGAAGAAUCAAUUCCUAUCAUAAAAGAUGAGAUUUCAAAGAGACAAGACACUGAUGAUAGAGCAGCUCUUCUAAAGCAACUUUUUUAUACAUGUAAAGUUAAUAAUGAUAAUGAUGCCUUACUUGAGGUUUUAAAAUAUUUUACUACUCGGCACAAAAAUGAACAAUCCUGGAUUUUGAAUCAAAUGCUUGUAACUUUAUUAACUAAUUUUCAAUUACAAUAUCUAACCGUUGAUCAUUGGAAUCUAAUAUUUAAUUUUGUUAAACUUUUACACAUCAGGAACCAAUUAAACAAUGAUAUACUUACUGCUCUUCGAGUAUUAGCAGCUGGAAUUCAUUUUGAUUUACUUAACAAUCAAUCUGCUACAGAAAAACUUCUUCUGUAUACAGAACUUAAUCUAUUAAAGUGCUCAUACAGUCCUAACUGGAAUAUUAUUCAAGAAACUCCUACUUAUGAAAGACAAUGCCUGGAUGAAUUCGCCAAAGUCAUUCCUGAGAUAUGUUCUAAAAUUAAGAACGAAAAAUUACACUCUUGGUCAAGAAUUGUCAAAGACUUUACAGAAGCGAUAUAUAAUUUCAACGAGAGAAAUAGUAAAACUACAGAUAAACUAACCAAUUUUUCUAUAAAACAUUACUCGUGGCUUCACGAUAGUAUUGAGAAGUUAAUUAAUGAUAAAUCAGAAGAAAAAAGAUAUUAUUCAAAUAAUCUUCGAGUUCUCUUAAAAACCCAUGAACAACAUCUUUACAAUAUUUGGAUUCCUAAUGAUGAAAAGCCAUUUGAGGUUUCAUUUAAUGAAGCUUUAGCUUUCUUGAAAAAUGAUCCAAAAAAAAUCCUUGAUUAUUAUCAAAUUUAUUACAAGCGAUUUUGUAGUAAAGUUUAUGCAAGAAGUGGUCAACGAUUUUUAAAAAAUAGUCGUUGGUGUCAAGAUAUUCCAGUAAAGUUUGUUAAGAUGAGUAUCAACAAUAUUAUGGGAAAUAGAGGUAACGAAUCAUUGCUAAUUUUGUCUGUACUUCUAGAAGGAUCAAUGUUUGAGAAAUUUAUUACUCCAUAUACACCAAAAAGUUCUGUAGUCAAUAUUGAAGGUGAUAAUCCUAGAAAAAACUUCAUGUUCGAGUUUUCUAUUCCAAAAUCUCUCAACCUGGUCAAUCCACCUGUAUCAUUAGACUUGAUUUUACGAUUUUGUGAAGGAGAUUAUAUACAUGUAAUUCUAAAUUGUUUGGUGAAUGUGGGACGACGAGUACCAGUUGAUAAACUUAUACCCUUUUGCCACGAAUUGAUGAAUCGUAAAGUGUCUGUUAAAAAACAUGGCAUCAGAUUGUUUCGGCUGGUCGAAAGUACUAAUCAACUACGAAAUACACUUAUGAGUUUGUGGAGGAAAGAAGAGCAUAGAUCAAUUCGUCUGUUAAUAGUGGAAACAAUAGUGGAUACUGUCAAUAAAGAACCAUGCUUAGAAACUAUGUUAAUGAUUAACGAGUGCCUUGAUAGCUUGACAGUUAAUGAUGCAGAUGUUUUGCCUAUUAUUACCAACAUCGAUAAAAUUCCUGAUGAAUACGUUGUGGAUUAUUUUAAGAAACUAUUAGUCGUUAUUAGAAAAAUUGGAGAUUAUGAGGAUGAUUUUGGGUCCCGAGGUGUUUGGAAUUAUAUUCAAAAGUUGCUUGGAAACCUUCCAGUCAAUGUUGCAGUUUUAUUCCCUGAAGAGCUUCAUGAAGAAAUACUGAAAACUUAUUUUAUUGAUAUGUCUCUUCCUAAGCUAGUACUAGCAGCAGCUCAAAACUAUCUCAUUAUUUGUUAUAUUAAACCAGCAAGAGAUAAGCUAGAUUCUAGAUUGAAAAUCUUUUCGAGUUUGUUUGAAAAAAUCCUCAAAGAUCAUCUAAAUACUUUUAGUGAUGAUAAAAAGUGUCCAGGAUAUUAUUUUAUUACUAAUUUAAUGAAUACUAUUGUUUAUAAUAUAAAUUAUAGUCCAAGUGAAAAAAAAUUUAUCCAAACUGCACUUAAUGUAUUUCGUUCAACUUCAAAGCCACAAUGGGCUGCUGAAUUUUAUUGUAAAUUAAUUUUUAUGACUUUGUAUGAUCAUCAUAUUCCUCCAAAAGAGUUUGCAGCCAAGGUUAUUCAAAUUCUGCCAUCCUUGGUGGACAUUUUUUCUGUUGGCUUUGUAUCAAAAAUAGGAUAUUUUUUAAAUGAGCUCAUAAAACAUUUUUAUUUUGGAAGUAAUGAUGAUGCUAUAUUAGAUAUAAUUGAGUAUCUGCUUCAAGUCAAAAAUGAACAUGCUAUUUUUCUAGGAGUAUCUCUGUUAUUAUGUGAUGGCAAACCAUGCUCUGAACGAUUCUGGUAUCUUUUAAAAUCCCUUCGACAACACAAACAUCCACUAGUUGUUACAAGCGCAUGUAUGUCUAUCAAUAAAUAUAAUUCUUAAAUUUAAAAUUCUUCAAACUUUGAGCUAUAACACUCAAGUAAAUUACAAGAUUAAUUAUCAAUUGUUAUCAUUUUAUAUUUAUGUAUUU